UUCCGCCAAAGUCGGACCGCCGUGUCGCUCGGGAAAUAUUCGCGUGUCCUGCGUGUCCUGCGUCCUCUUACGGAGGACGCGUGUCACUUGAUAAUCGGCUUACAAGGGACGUCGCGACGUCCGGAGACAGUGGAGACGCCGAUGUAGUUGAUUGGUGUGUGUCGGGGGAUUUUUUAAUGAUAAGAAACUAAUUGCAAGUUAAAAGGCAAUUUUCACGUGUCUUAAAUAUAAAUUACGUAAACCUUGAUUUAGGGGCAUCUUUUUCACUCCAUAAAACAAGAGUUCUACGAUCACUUUGAAAUACUUGAAAAAUACCAAACCACGUGGUCAAUUCGCCCUUUAUUACGUUUUACCCUUGUUUUAUGUCGGUUGCCCAUUUUCGCGAAUAGUCAGUCUUUAAAUCUUUAUCGCAGCGUCUGACUUCACGACCCACGUAAUCUCUUACGGAAUACGACCUGUUCUGGAAGCCCUAUCAUUAAAUAUCGAUAAUCGAACUGGCACACGACCCGCGCAACGAUAUAAGAGUAAUCCACGAAAUUCAAUAAAGUGCGUGCAACGAGAUGGCGAAAAAUCGCAAUCGUGCUAAAUGCAAAGCCAAAGAUUUGCGCUACUGAAUUAAAUGUACGUUGAGUAAACGGGCGGAAUAAAUAAGAAAAAAAAAUAAAUAAAAAAACAUGAAUAAAUAGAACGUGCAAAGUUGCAUAGUGACAGUUCCCGACGUAUGAUGAUAGCGUGUUAUUGAUAGUGUAUUUGAUUCGGGGGAAAAAAAGUGUAAAGUUCCACUCUGUGUUUCAAGUGAAAUCCGCAGUUCGUUUCAUUCAGUGCGAAAAUGCUGUCUAGGACAUAUAACCAAAGGUAUUUGAACGAGCCAAGGAAUGUUUAUUAAUUUUUCAAAAAAACUCGAAGAGAAGCCAGUAAUGGAUGAGAUGGUUCCAGGGAAGGAUUGGCGAACGCCUAGAAAAAACCGGAAGUGUCUGUGAAUCAGUGAACCCUGUGCAGAGUAUCGCGAUAAAUCCCACGGAAUCCGUCGUAAGGCGAAUAGUCAUGUCUUGGUGUUAGAAAUUGGAAAAUAUUGGAAGGAAAAGUUUUUUUAAAAACAAAAAUAAACAAUAGAAAGGGGAAGGUGCGCGGCAGUGCUUGUUGCUCGUAUUUCUCCACAAAAUGGCACUGCUCUUCGCCAUCGUCCUCAUUCUGGUCGCCACUGCCAUGUCGCUGCCAGCUGUUAUCAGAAUCGGCGGAAUCUUCACGGAGGAUCAAAAGGACAGCCCGUCGGAGCUGGCUUUCAAAUACGCAAUUUAUAGGAUAAACAAGGACAAGAGUCUUCUUCCAAACACGUCACUAGUAUACGACAUCGAGUACGUACCGAAGGACGACUCAUUCAGGACAUCCAAAAAAGCCUGUAAGCAGCUUUCGAGAUCAGUUCAAGGAAUUUUUGGUCCAUCGGAUCCACUUCUGGGAGCGCACAUACAAAGCAUAUGCGAAGCUUUGGACGUCCCGCACUUAGAGGCUCGAGUCGACUUUGAGCCAACCUUCAAGGAGUUUAGUAUAAAUCUGUAUCCUGCUCAGGAUCAUCUCAACAAGGCCUUCAAGGAUCUCAUGUCUUUCCUCAACUGGACCAGAGUGGCUAUCAUCUAUGAGGAGGACUACGGAUUGUUCAAACUCCAGGAUCUCGUAAAGUCGCCGCCGUCGUCCAGGACGGAAAUGUACAUAAGACAAGCGGGUCCCAGUUCGUACAGGCAGGUUCUGAGGGAAGUCAGACACAAGGAAAUCUACAAGAUUAUCGUCGACACGGAUCCUGCACACAUGCAACAAUUCUUCCGAGCGAUCCUGCAGCUUCAGAUGAACGACUAUAGAUACCACUAUAUGUUCACUACCUUCGACAUUGAGACGUUCGAUCUCGAGGACUUCAAAUACAACAGUGUCAAUAUGACAGCCUUCAGAUUGGUUGACCUGGAGGAGCCAAAGGUCGUCGAUGUCCUCAGACACAUGGAAGGCUUUCAUCCAAUUGGACCAGCCAUCUUGAACAGGUCGGGCGUGAUACAGGCAGAACCGGCUCUAGUAUACGACAGCGUUCAGGUUUUUGCUCAUGGGUUGGAGGCACUGGAUCGCAGUCACAUCCUCACUCCUGCAAAUCUGUCGUGCGAAAAAGAGGAGCCUUGGGAUGAUGGGCUGUCACUGUACAACUAUAUCAAUGCCGCUGGCAUACAUGGACUCACCGGGCGCAUAGAGUUCAACGAGGGUAAAAGGAACAACUUCAAGCUGGAUUUACUCAAGCUGAAGAAGGAGGAACUGGUGAAGGUCGGCGAGUGGAAACCAGGAAGCGGCGUUAACGUGACGGACGUCGGUGCCUUCUACGAGACCAGUGCUACCAACAUAACCUUGGUAGUCAUGACACGGGAGGAGAAACCGUACGUUAUGGUUAAGGAGGACAAGAAUCUCACCGGAAAUGCAAGAUUCGAAGGUUUCUGUAUCGACCUGCUAAAGUGGAUCGCGGGUCAAGUCGGUUUCCAAUACGCCAUAAGGCUGGUACCUGAUCACAUGUACGGGGUCUACGACCCUGAAACCAAGGAAUGGAAUGGAAUCGUGAGGGAACUCAUGGAAAAGAGAGCCGAUCUGGCCGUGGCCUCUAUGACGAUCAACUACGCCAGGGAGAGCGUGAUAGACUUCACGAAACCCUUCAUGAAUCUUGGAAUUGGAAUUUUGUUUAAGCCAACCGACGAGACUCUUCUCCUUCAUGAACCCCCUCGCCGUCGAGAUAUGGCUCUACGUACUAGCCGCUUACAUGCUCGUCAGCUUCACCCUCUUCGUGAUGGCCCGAUUCAGCCCUUACGAGUGGAACAAUCCGCACCCCUGUCUGGCCGAGAGCGACGUCGUGGAAAACCAAUUCAGUGUCAGCAACAGUUUCUGGUUCAUUACCGGAACUUUCCUGAGACAGGGCAGCGGACUCAACCCCAAGGUUUCCGGACGCAUGCCCUCGCGACUCUUCUCCUUCAUGAAUCCACUUGCUGUCGAGAUUUGGCUCUCCAUGCUGGGCGCUUACGUAAUGGUUUCGUUAACCAUAUGGAUCGUGGCGAGAUUUUCACCUUACGAAUGGGUCGAGCCCGCGCCAUGUCCGAGCUGCAAAUGUCCUCUACAGGCGGGGGUCUACGCCACCAGGGUGGUCACGUCAGUGCCUUGGAACCCGAGAGCGAGGACAUCCCCCUCCCGAGAACUGUCAACGAUUUCACCCUGGCUAACAGUUUCUGGUUCACGGUCGGCACCCUCAUGCAACAGGGGAGCGACCUCAACCCUAAGGCGACGAGCACGAGGAUUGUCGGUGGUAUAUGGUGGUUCUUCACUCUUAUCAUCAUAUCCUCUUAUACCGCAAAUCUGGCGGCAUUUCUUACGGUCGAGAGAAUGAUAACGCCAAUUGAGAACGCUGCGGAUUUGGCCGAGCAGACGGAGAUCUCAUAUGGGACACUGGAGGGAGGCAGCACCAUGACGUUUUUUAGGGACUCGAAAAUUGGGAUCUAUCAGAAGAUGUGGCGAUUCAUGGAAUCCAAGAGACCCACGGUCUUCGUUUCGACCUACGAGGAAGGCGUCAAGAGAGUCCUAGAGGGCGACUACGCCUUCCUGAUGGAAUCCACGAUGCUGGACUACGCAGUACAGAGGGACUGUAAUCUCACGCAAAUCGGCGGACUUUUGGACAGCAAAGGAUACGGGAUCGCGACGCCGAAGGGCUCACCGUGGAGGGACAAGAUAUCCCUGGCAAUUCUCGAGCUCCAGGAAAAGGGAGUGAUACAGAUACUCUAUGACAAAUGGUGGAAAAACACGGGUGACGUCUGCAAUCGGGACGAGAAGAGCAAAGAGAGCAAGGCGAACGCGCUCGGCGUGGAAAAUAUCGACGUUCCACUCUCCAUCGCGGUGAAGGAACUUGGGACGACCUAAUACGAUUUGUUGACCCACCCGGUAGACGAUCCGGCAUUCCUAUAUACGCCAAACGUUCUGGAGCUAACGAUGCGUAUAAAUUGUGGAAUAUCCGAAUCGCGAGUUUACCAUCGGUAGCUCCAUUAGUUUUCCACCACGUGAUUCGCGGGGCUCUGGUAUCGAAGUCAUAUGUACCGGAAGCGACCAAGCGGCCAGAUACCUUACCAGAGAUCUUGGCUGCAGAGCUUCGAAGAAAACAAAAACUAAGAUCGCAAAUAAUCUGGGAAAGUUUGAACGCGGAAGCGAAGCAAAGAAUUUCGGGCUCGAGCUUAGAGAAGCGCUUGAAUCCCACGUCUUUGGAAUUUAUGGAAAUCGCAACAAGUUCUUCAGGCGACUUCAGACACCGGAAACAAAUAACUCCGUCAACAUCCUCUAUAACUAUGAUGACCGAAAGGCGAAUGAAAAAAGUCAUUCUAAAGAAAUGAAACUGAUAGAGCAUACGUACAAAGUUAAAAAAUUGAUAAAACUGGAACCUGAGUCAAAAUUCCAAAUUUUUUGUCUGAAUAAGAUCAUUAGCCUUUUAAUAUUUAAGAAAGCAAAACAAAAAUCCAUUCGAGCUGACCUACGAAUUUUAUGCUCUAAUCUUGAGCUUUGUAUCUGGUCCUCAAAGAAGCUAAAUACGUAACUGAGUCUCCAGACGUUUCCUCCUGAACACGUGAUUAAGGCUACGUCUCGAGCAAAGAAGAGUUAGCUGACAUCGAGUAUACCCGAUAUCUGAAAUAUUUCAAAACCGUUUAAGCAUCCUUUAUCUUAGUAUCCGCCACGGACUUAGCACUUUGAUACCAUAGAAGUACUUGGAUGUACUGUGCGACGUAUAACGAUGGGACAAAGUACUUAGCAUAGGGAGACCUGUCACUGCAAACUCCCAGAUAGGACUUGACAGAAUUCUCGCAGUAGGUAACUGUGACUCCGCCAUAAUGCCGGACGCCACUGUGUUAAGAGAUAGGCGCUCUCCUGUCUCUCUCUCACUCUCUCCCUCUUUCUCACACUCCUUGCAACUAACUAAGGGAGCGCUAGAGGAUAUAGCUAGAGUGAAUGCUGCCUCAACCCCCUGGAAAGAGUAAGAGUGGCCAGAACCGGAAAUGAAACUUUCACGUGUUCCGGUUUGGCCUCGUACAUCUCUCUCGUAAAUCAUGCGUUUCCCGCAUGCAAAUCCGCGAGCGUUUUACGCGAGUCCUACCGCGAUAACUGGAAUUCUCCUAAAGCAUAUAUAUACAUAUAUACGUGUGUAUCUAUGUCUUCCGAGUACUAAAUUUCAUUGUGACCUACAGUAGGAAGUAAGUAGGAAGUACCAGGACUGUUAACAAAAAUAAUUAUGCCGCACGAGAGCAAUGUUAUACCGUUGAAGAUGAUUCUCAAAGAGAUAAUAAGUACAGGCAACUGUCUAAAUAUAUAUAUCGACUACGGAAUUACCACAUUCUCAAAAUUCUUACAUACGUGGAUCAAAAUCAUUAUGCGAAUUACCCUCAAGCACGUAUGAUAACAAUAAAUGAAUUACAUCCUAAUGACGAAGAUCAGGUCUUAUACGGAUUCGUAUGAAGAGCGAGUAAUUUAAUGACGUCAUUAAGUACGAGUCCGUUCGAUUCAUACGUAAUUCAAGAGACCAUGAGGAGGGCAUCUCUCUAGGAGAGCAUAAUAAGGACACGCAGAGUCUUGGUGGAAUAAAAUGAAGUAAGAAAAUGGAGGAGGAGCAUGAAAGAAGAAUGUCCAAUUCCUGCGGCGAGGAAACGUCGCGCCUAGAAUAGAGAUGUGAUCUCACCUUGAAGUAGAAAAGUAGGAAGCUCAGAAAAAUGGGCAAGUUUUGAUAAAGUCCCUCGGAGUUGAAGCCAUGAAUACAUAGUAGCAUAGUAGACAGUCUUACUAUAUACAGUAACUAGUAGAUGGUACACAUAUAUCAACCAAUGUGGCGAGCUGCUACAGGCGAAUGGUGUACCGUAGUGUAAUAGCGGGAAAGGUGACGGCCGACCAGUCGUCGUUUCCACGUCGCGCCGCCGUCAAGUGGCGUCGCCACAAGCGCGGCAAAAUCGUCGCUGAGCAACAAGGCGAGUUCACUCGAGCAUGAGGCGACGCGACUAGAACUUCGGCACGCGCGGACGUCUGCGAUCGCAAGAAGAAGAUUCGAUAUCUGGUCGCUGUAGUCAGGCGAGUUUCACUGGUCCCAGCGUCGUAGAGCGUCGCGGCGCAACUGACGCUGCCACCUCCCCUCCCUCGCCCCUCUCUCUCUUCUUUCCACUAGACGAAUUUAUAUUCCGGCUACAUUCCGGCGAGCGUUAAACUCCGCUAAGGGAAUUCAAUGUAAAGGUGACCCACACGGAAUAAAUCGCCCGGAACUUCGCACCCUGUGAACUUUAACCUUCUUUGUGAUAUCCGUUGGUUAACAGUCACAUCCGGUCCACCCUUAGGU